CAAAGCACAACCCCUAAACUCUCUCUCUAAAGUGGUAGCAAGGUUGGUUAACUUCAAGUUCAACAUUUUUACUGUCGAAAGUUGUGAUUUUUAUGGUAAACAGCAUUUGCCAUAAAUUGCUCUCUUUUAAAUUCAAGAUUUUGUUUCUGGGUUUUGUUAAAGAUCUUGAUUUCUUCUACCCAAAAUAGACCUACCAUUUUUGCUGAAAUACCUGUAUUUUACCCACAAAGCAGUGGAACGAGUUAUCACUUUCUCUCAUUCUCACUCUGAAACCAAUUUGAUAAGGAAAACAGAAACGUUUUUUGAAUGCUUAACCGGGUUUUCAUUUUCUUGCUUUGAAAACCACAAAUACAGUGCAAAGCGGUUUUCGCCAUUAAUGCUCUUCUGUUCCCAGUCCCCACCUAUUCUCUCUUUUUCUCUAAAACCCACCUUUAAAACACCGUUUGGACCAUUCUGUAAGACGCCCGUGAAUCUUUAAUCUUUCUUUUAAUCUUUUACUCAAGCAAGAGAUGGCAAAGGGCACAGCUUCACCGUACCGAGAAGACACGAUGACCCACUUGGAUUUCUUCAAGAAAUUCAAGCGCUUCAACCCUCUUGAGCCUUCUCUAAGUAUUCUUUCCUUCUUCCUGGUCACCCUCCUGUUCAUUACCUUCUUUUUUUACUUGGAUUACGACAGUGUUGGUCGUGGAAUCACCUGGCUUGGUUUGCAAGGUUCAUUAUCUUCGUCAUCAUCUGACAAUGUAAAGGUACGGCCGGAAUUUCUUGAUGAAGGUGGUGAUGGGUGCGAUGUGUUUGAUGGAAAUUGGAAGUGGGAUGAGAGCUAUCCACUUUACCAGUCCCAGAAUUGCGCUUUCCUGGAUAGAGGUUUUAGGUGCACUGAGAAUGGCAGGCCUGAUAGUUUCUACACUAAAUGGCGUUGGCAGCCCAAAGAUUGCAACUUGCCCAGAUUUGAUGCAGUGAAGAUGUUGGAAAAGCUGCGGAAUAGGCGUGUUGUAUUUGUUGGUGACUCAAUUGGAAGGAACCAUUGGGAAUCUCUCCUCUGCAUGCUCUCCUCUGCUAUUCCCAACAAGACUUCUAUCUAUGAGGUGAAUGGGACCCCCAUUACAAAGCACUCGGGCUUCUUGGUUUUCAAGUUUGAUGAUUUCAACUGCACAGUUGAGUACUACAGAUCUCCAUUUCUAGUAGUCCAGGGCCGGGCUCCAGCUGGUGCUCCAAAAAAGGUGAAGUUAACUCUGAGAGUGGAUCGAAUUGACUGGAUUGCUAACAAGUGGAGAGAUGCAGAUGUGCUUGUUUUCAAUGCUGGCCACUGGUGGAAUUAUGAGAAGACCAUCAAAGUGGGUUGUUACUUCCAAGAAGGUAAGGAGGUGAAGAUGAAUAUGAGUGUUGAAAGUGCAUACCGACGAUCGCUUGAGACUCUUAUUGAUUGGAUUGGUAGUCAAGUAAACAUGAGCAAGACCUAUGUUCUCUUCCGAACCCACUCUGCUGUGCAUUUCAGAGGUGGCGACUGGAAUUCCGGUGGUGGUUGUCACUUAGAAAACCUACCUGACUUGGGCUUAUUGUCAGCUUCAUCAGAUAUCCAUUUCCAAACUCUUUCUGAAAUGUUAACAGAGCGUGCAAAUGAGUCACAAGUGACGAAAUUGGAUUUAUUGAAAGUAACAAACAUGACAUCAAGGAGAAAAGAUGGCCAUGCUUCUAUUUACUAUAGAGGGCCUGACACUGGGCCAGCCUCUCUCCACCGUCAAGACUGCAGCCAUUGGUGCCUGCCUGGUGUCCCGGACUCGUGGAAUGAGCUUCUUUACGCACUUCUCCUCAAGCGGGAAUUCUUUGGCAGAGGAACUUCAACAAAACCUUCUCAACCUCCAUUAUGAUUGGUCCCAACAGCUUACUGAUACCCAUUAACAUGAUAAAAGGACUUCAGCUUAUAAAAAAAAAUGGAGCUUAUUCCUCAGAUUGCUGGCUGCUGCUUUCACAACACCGGCAAUAUUAUUGUAUAUAGCUGAGGGUUGGUGCUCCUUUCUGGUCGGCAGGGUUUGGUUAGCAGUUGAGAAGUUUUGUUGACAGAUGAUAUGCACUAAAUAGAGGUGAUAAUCAUGUCUGUUUUGUUGUGUGGUUUAUGGGGGAAUGCAUGGUGGCGCUUCUUCACUAGACAUCGGCAAUUGAACUCCAAAGGGUGCUAAAUUUAGGGUCAGAAUGUGCUUAGGAAGGUUUGUUGUGGGCAAACUUGAUAGUUGAGAAAAGAUAUACAGAUAUAGGUUUUUGGUUAUUUGGCAUAUGAUGUAAUUCUUCAGAAAGAACAGAAAAAAAAAAAGGUGUAAUUUUUUGUUUGGGGAUAUUUUCACCCAAAUUUUGCAUACAUAGAAAAAUAUUGUAAUUCCCUUGACAAUUGAUUUCCUGUUAGCUUAGUUUGCAUAGUUUACACCAGAAAAUUCAGUGCA